AUGGGGGAACUAUGGACACAAAUGGGCUCAUUGAUGGCCACAAUCAUGUUUGUGUAUGCCAUGGUAGAGCGUUUUUUCCCGGCUGCACUUCGUGACACUCUUCAAAUCCACACUCAGAAAGUGGUGAAUUUGUUGUACCCUUAUGUGCAAAUCACCUUCCCUGAGUUCUCUGGUGAGAGGCUCAAACGUAGUGAAGCUUACACUGCCAUCCAAACUUACCUCAGUGAGAACUCUUCCCAACUAGCCAAAAGGCUAAAAGCUGAAGUGGUGAAAGAUAGCCAGAACCCUUUGGUGCUUAGCAUGGACGAUGAUGAAGAGGUCACUGAUGAGUUCCAAGGUGUGAAGAUUUGGUGGGCUGCUAGCAAAACUGCUUCUAACCCUCAUGCCUAUUCUUUCUCUUACUACUCUCCCCCGGAUGGUAAGAGGUAUUUCAAGCUAACUUUCCAUAAAAAGCAUAGGGAUCUCAUCACUGUGUCUUACAUCAAACAUGUCUUGGAAGACGGGAAGGAAAUUGCCUUGAGAAAUAGGCAAAGGAAGUUGUACACCAACAAUCCUAGCAGUGGUUGGUAUGGCUACAAACAGUCAAAGUGGAGCCACAUAGUGUUUGAGCACCCUGCAACGUUUGAGACUCUUGCAAUGGAGCAUAGAAAGAAGGAAGAGAUCAUCAACGACCUUGUUAAGUUCAGAAAUGGGAAGGAUUACUAUGCCAAGAUUGGGAAGGCUUGGAAGCGGGGCUAUUUACUCUAUGGUCCUCCUGGGACUGGUAAGUCUACCAUGAUAGCUGCAAUGGCUAAUUUCAUGAACUAUGAUGUCUAUGAUCUUGAGCUGACAGCUGUGAAGGACAACACUGAGUUGAGGAAGUUGUUAAUUGAAACUUCUAGUAAGGCUAUUAUAGUGGUGGAAGACAUUGAUUGCUCACUUGAUCUCACUGGCCAGAGGAACAUGAGGAAGGAAAAGGGUGAGGAAGAGGAGCCAAAAGAUCCUAAUAAAAAGGAAGAAGAGGAGGGUAACAAGAGUAGUAAGGUAACUCUAUCUGGGUUGUUGAAUUUCAUUGAUGGUAUUUGGUCAGCAUGUGGGGGAGAGAGGAUUAUUAUUUUCACAACCAACUUUGUGGACAAGCUUGAUCCUGCUCUUAUUAGGACAGGUAGGAUGGACAAGCACAUUGAAUUGUCCUAUUGCCGCUUUGAAGCUUUCAGGGUGCUUGCCAAGAACUACUUGGAUAUUGACUCACACCAUUUGUUUGUAAGGAUUGACAAUUUGUUGGAAGUGACCAAUGUGACUCCUGCUGAUGUUGCUGAGAAUCUCAUGCCUAAGUGUGUGAAUGAAGAUGUAGAGACUUGCUUGCUGAAUUUGAUUCAAGCUCUUGAGAAAAAGGUGGUAGAAGAAGAAGAAUCAGAUGAUUCAGAGUUGAAUGAAGAAAAGGACAAGAAGGAACAUACUCAACAGGAGAUGAAAAGUAAUAGGCACACUGUGGAAGAUGUGAAGGAAAAUGGAUUCCUCCUUUGA